AUUUCACGUUAAAGCUUCACUUUUUUGUACUUUCACCAUAUUCCCAUUUCAUUUGGAUUAUACCCUUUUCUUUCUCUAAAUCCAUUAUCUCAUCUCUCUUAGCUCCUUCAUCAACCUACCUAAGAAGUAACAACAAAGAAAGAAGGAUAAACAAAGUAAGAUGAUGUAUCCAAGUAAAGAAAGUAGCUUGGAUUCAGAACUAUGGAAAGCAUGUGCAGGAGGAAUGGUUGAAAUGCCAAUGGUUAACUCCAAGGUCAUAUAUUUCCCACAAGGUCAUAUAGAACAUGCUCAACUCAAUACAAAUAGCUUUCUUAUUGAUCUAAAAAACUACCCAAAAUUAAACCCAUUAAUCCCUUGUAGGGUUUCUGAAAUCAAAUACUUAGCCCAUCAAGAAAAUGAUGAAGUUUAUGCAAAAAUUGGGUUAGAACCCUUAAAAAAUGGGACAAUUUCUAAUUGUGAUGACGGGUUUUUAAGAAAACAUGAUUUAGAAAAUGGGUUAGAAAAAAAUGCAAGUUUUGCUAAGACAUUAACUCAAUCUGAUGCUAAUAAUGGAGGGGGAUUUUCUGUUCCUCGUUAUUGUGCAGAAACUAUAUUUCCUAAAUUAGAUUAUUCAGCUGAACCGCCGGUUCAGACUAUUCUAGCUAAGGAUGUUCAUGGGGUUACUUGGAAAUUUAGACAUAUUUAUAGGGGGACUCCUAGGAGACAUCUUUUAACUACUGGUUGGAGUAAUUUUGUUAAUCAAAAAAAGCUUGUUGCUGGGGAUUCUAUUGUGUUUUUAAGGGCUCAAAAUGGGGAUUUGUUUGUCGGGAUUCGAAGACCGAAAAGAGACCUAUUAAGUGUUCCUAGUAGAGGGUUUUCACCCUUUUUUAGAAAUGAUGAUCAUAAUCCUUGUAAAGUAGUUGAAAGUUUGGGUUGUAGUGAGAGUGACGAAUCUGUAGUUCGAGCUUUAAAUCUUGCUGCGAUUGGUAAACCGUUUGAGGUUGUGUACUAUCCGCGAGCAAGUACACCAGAGUUUUUUGUGAAAACCGAGACUGUUAGGUCUGCAAUGCAGCUACAAUGGUGUCCUGGAAUGAGGUUUAAGAUGGCCUUUGAGACCGAGGAUUCGUCUCGUAUUAGUUGGUUUAUGGGAACUGUGUCUUCUGCUCAGGUUGCUGAUCCUGUACACUGGCCUAACUCACCUUGGAGACUUCUUCAGGUGAGUUGGGACGAACCGGAGUUGCUCCAAAACGUGAAGCAAGUGAACCCAUGGUCGGUAGAGUCAGUGGGAAGUACGCCACAAAUUCAUAUGUUGCCAAUGUCGCCACCAAGAAAGAAGCAACGGCAAUCUCAAGUCCCCGAAAUUGGUUUUCCCGACCAUGCUUCGAUGGCAACGACAUACCGAAAUGGAAAUGGCGGUGCUUACAGUUCGAGUGGCUCCUUAUUAGAGGUUCCUGCAGGUGUACAGGGAGCCAGGCAAGCUCAUCACUUUAGACAAUUCUUGUCUGAUCAUCUAAACAAAGUGAAUUAUUCUAGUCUUGUUUCAAAUAAUGGACCAGAUUUGAAAUUUCUCCAAUCUAAACCAAAAUUAAGUGAAAAUAUAUCUUCUUUUCUAACUAUGGCAACAAAUCCAAAGGAAAAAGAUGAUAUACUCACACCAAAGUUCAUGCUUUUCGGGAAACUCAUAAAGAUUGCCCAAUGAUUCGAUUCAACAAUGACGACUAUCGAAUUCACUCGAUGCCUUCUAUAAGACGAUGCUAGAAUUCGAAGAAUGAGGUCUUUAGAUUAGGAAGUUUUUUUUGUUCUUUUAACACUAUUUUGGUGAAUGUUAAAUAACAUAUCAUCAUUGUUUAACUAUUCUAGGUGUUCAUGUAUUUCAUUUUGAUACUUGCAAACUAUAAAAGGAAAUGGCUCCUAUCCAUUUCAGUGGAUUUUCGCCCUGAAAUGGCAAGGAGCCCAUUCCAUUUGUCAAUGCCAACAGUUUGAAUUCAGUCAGGA